AUGAACGACCCUCAGAGCGAUGCCGAUCGCAUUCGUGCCAAACGCCUGGCAAAAUUACAGGCCGGACGAUCUUCAGCAUCGGCUGAAGCGUCCUCCUCGGCAUCCACUCCAACUCAAGCGCCUUCCGUGACAGCUACGGAAGCUAUUCCAGUCAAACAACCUAGACAUCUUCUGACAACUUCCCUCCCUCCUGCGCCUCAGCAACUGGCACAGUUACCUUUAAAGAGGAAAGCACCGCCGUCUGCGGCGGACAAGGUCGAUCUGGCGUCAUGGGAGGACGAAAGUAUCACGCAGAUAUUCAAGGUCACGCUGAACCGCUCUACAGCAGAGCGAAGUAAUUAUGAUCUGGUGUGGCUCAAAAGCCUCGAAUCUGAACUGCUCUCGGAAGGAUACGGUCAAGCGCCUCCUCUGCGCUUGUCAGGAGAAAUCUUAGAUCGCCUCCUCAUUGCCCGUUUGGAAUUGGAUCCUCAUGCGAUGUCUGAUGACUUAGACUACGUCCCUGUUCUCGCAUCACUACCUGAUCAGAUGACUGUAUUCGGAUACUUGGUCGGCUGUUGGAAGCGAUUGAACAAGGCGAGAAACGAACUUUUGAGGAAGAACCCAGUGAAGGAGAUCCAGCAGGCAUCCGUGCUGUUGGAAAAGAUUCGCAAUCUUGUUAUUAGUUAUGCUGGCUUGAAUCUCCAGGAUCCCGGGAUGUUCCCUCAGCCACAAGGGCAAGAUGUUGGACCAUCCGAACUGGUCAGGCCGCUGUUAUCGCUAUCCGCGCUCUCUUCCCCACUUGCGUCCACUUCGCCAGCGGUUAAUGCGCUAAACCCUACAGAAGUGGAACCUUUUCUGCAGGAUUUAGCCCAACGGUUUGAACCAGACAACGAAAUAGAUAGUGUCCUUGGACCAGUGGCGCGCCAACUAUUAUUCCAUGAGUCGUUAGUACGACCCGAAGGUAUUGGAGGAGGCGAUUCUUCCUGGCGCGCUAUUGUCAGUGGUGUCGAGGCCCUUGUCAGUAUAAAGAGUAUAGCUGUGAUGUUCACCCGACUUACCGAAUGGAAUCCUCCACACGCCACUGGUGCGUCGAUCGAGAUGCUGUCCAUGAUGGGUCCUUUGUGUCGUCUUGGAGUUUUCAGUAGAGAAUGGUCCUACAUUGCUGAAACGUAUUUUUCCGAACCGAGCAAGCGAUCCCGAAGUGACAUAGAGUCUUCCUACGCAAGUUUGAGGGGGACAGUGAAGAGCUUGCAAUCUUCCCUCUUCUCGAUAUUCAAUACCAUUGUCAGGGCAUCCCCGGAGGCUAGGGAAGCUGUCCUCGAAUACUUUGCUACCGUUAUCAGACUUAACGUCAAACGUGCGGGUAUGCAGGUCGAGCCUCACACAGUAGCGUCCGACAGUUUCAUGAUAAACUUGCAUAGUGUGUUGCUUCGUUUUGCAGAGCCGUUCAUGGAUGCUCGCUACUCGAAGAUGGACCGUAUAGAUUCACUUUAUUUCGCAGUCUCGGAAAGAAUAGACGUGAAAGAGGAGACCAGAAUAAAGGCCACGAGCGAGGAGGCCACUCAAUGGGCUGAAGAGCAUAGACAAGGAGCUGCUCCGCCAAACUUCAUCUCUGAAAUUUUCUAUCUCUGCAAUGCCAUGGCUCAUUACGGGUACCUACGGACUGCCCAGACCUACGAGGACUUUGGCAAGCACCUAGACGACCUCCAACGUCACCACGACAUGAUCAAUGGUGAUAGGUCCUGGAUGGGGACACCGUUCCAAGCCAGGACAGAGCAAACCCUCAAUCAUUGCAAGUUAGAGAUUGCAAAAAUUCAAGCUCAUCAACUUGCAUUCCGAGUCCAAUUGCUCGAGCCCGAUUUAGUGUUCCGAUACAUUGGCUUUACUAACUUCGUAUCGACUUGGUUGAUUCGAAAAGUUGAUCCACGGGGAUUACACCCUCAACCUAUAGUAGAGUUGCCUUUACCCCAGGAAAUUCCCAUGUCCUUCCGGGUACUUCCAGAGUACAUACUUGAGGAUGUGGUUGAGUAUUUCCUUUUCGUAGCUCGUCACUCCCCAAAUAGUUUGGAUCUUUCAGGAAGGGAAGAACUAGUUAUUUUUGCGCUUACUUUCCUGACGUCAACGUGGUGUAUCAAGAACCCAUUUUUGAAGUCCAAGAUUAAUGAGGCUGUCUUCUAUGGCGUGUUACCAUAUGCCCAUGAACGCAAUGGUAUAUUGAGCGGAGUGCUUAACAGCCAUCCCGUUGCUCUGAAGAAUCUCAUACCGGCUAUGACCCACUUUUAUAUCGAAGUUGAACAGACUGGUGCCAGUUCACAGUUUUAUGACAAAUUUAAUGCCAGGAGGAACAUUGCUUACAUACUAAAGGCGGUCUGGGACAAUCCCGUUCACCGCGAGGCACUUAACACUGAAGCGAAGGACGUGGAGAAGUUCGUCCGCUUUGUCAACCUCAUGAUCAACGACGUCACCUACCUUAUGGACGAGUCACUGAGUGAAUUGACCCAAAUUCACAACCUCCAAGCAGAGAUGGCUGAUCAGGCGGCGUGGCAAGCUCGCCCCGCGCAAUACCGACGUGAGAGAGAAAAUACUUUGCGGGGGCUAGAACGUCACGCAUCUGGCUACACGACCCUGGGCAAAUCAACUGUAGGUUUGCUGAGGGACUUCACUGCGGAAACCAAGGCACCGUUUAUGAUGCCGGAGAUUGUCGACCGGCUGGCUGCAAUGCUAGACUACAAUUUGGAGGCGUUGGUUGGACCAAAAUGUUCAGAGUUGAAAGUCAAGGAGCCGGAGAAGUAUAAUUUCAACCCGAGGCACCUUCUGAGUGACAUUUUGCAAGUCUAUUUGAAUCUUGGCGACCAGGACGAAUUUGCGCGUGCUGUAGCGAACGAUGGUCGAACUUACAAACCGGAACUAUUCGAGACGGCUAUAGCUAAGGCGCGGAAGAUAGCGCUGAAACCGGAAUCGGAACUGGAACAGCUGCGUGUGUUUGCCGUCAAGGUUGCAGAGACUAAGGCGACUAUCGACCAGGAAGAAGAUUUGGGAGAAAUUCCAGAAGAAUUCCUGGACCCUUUGAUGUACACAUUGAUGCGGGAUCCUGUAACCUUACCGUCGUCCCAUGUGGUCAUUGAUCGAGCAACGAUCAAGUCACACCUUCUCUCCGACGCCAAGGAUCCAUUCAAUCGAUCGCCACUCAAAUUUAGCGAAGUGCUUCCCAACCUGGAGCUUAAAGCAAGAAUUGACGCAUUUGUUGUUGAACGGCGUAGUCAACAUGCAGUUAGAAAACCUACGAGGGACUCUGGCAGCAACAUGGACGCUGUUAUGGAGUAAUGGUUUGGUACCUCGACACCAGUUUUUACGCUGUACAUUAUAUUUGUAUCCAUCCAAGCUAGAGUCAUUCACGGUAAGAAACGCGAUGUGAGGCAUUUACAA